GUACGGAGUACUCCUAUGGGCUUCAUUUAGGAAUGCGAUAACAUGUCGUUCCCGGAGUACUGUGAUAACUUUUGUUAGAUCCUCGAGCAAUAUACCGAGGAACUUUUCCCUGCCACUCCCUUGAGAUACAGCAAACUAUUUCUGCCCUUCGAAAAAAUCAACGAUCAUGCACUUGAAACGGAUACUUCUCGUAAAGAGGAGUGAUCCAAGCAUGCCAACAAUAAAAAGGCCAUCCCGCCGGCCUCUACGGUUAAGCAGAUCUUUGCGGCAGUCAGGGGAUGAUCUGAUAAUGCGGAUCGGAUAAGAGCGGGAAGGUUUAAUAGCCAUAAAUCCAACAAGCUUGGCGGGUACUAAUGUUACUUUGCCACCAGUCGUUGAUGCCGGAACCGGCUCCACAUCCUGCUAGCGCGGGUGGCUUGAUUGCGAGGUACUUGGCCUGGCUGGGGAAGCUUUCCGGCCUGUUUCAGGCAAGCUCCUGAUUAUGUCGGCGUGCCCUCCUGCUUGGGGUUGUUUUGAUAUUGCCCGUUCUGUGGCCCAUCACCACCUCACGCUGCCUCACCUCACUUCCCCUCUUUCCCUCCUGCAUUUACCCUGCCAACCUCUCUCGCUCCGAAGCUCUUCCGAACUCCGAACAUAGCCAGUUUCACGUGCCACGCCUGAAGUCGCGCGCACACACACACACACACACACACUCUCUCUCUCUCUCUCUCUAACUUCCGCCCAAGACAACACUUUCACUCCUUUUGCUCUUUCCAUCAUGGAAAAAGUCCAAGAACAACCCGGUCAGACAUUGAGUGAGACCGCUGAACGACCUGCUGAAAGGGUGGUUGAACAGCCUCAGGACAGCGCUGCUACUGCGGCUCUCUCUGGCGACUCCAAGGAGGCUGAGACUGAGAAGCCUGCCGAAGUAGCACCCAAAGAAGACUCCAAGGAAGCUCCUGCUCCACCACCAGCUGCCACCACAGCGGCCACUGCAGACAACGCCAAUUCUGACAUUAUCGAAGAAGUCAAAGACAAAGCCGGCGCGAAUACCCAAGUUGCUGAUCCGAAACCCCAGGAACCAGCCGACACGCGUCCUUCUUACCUCGUCAAUAACGCGGCGCUAUCCCAGUUCUUCGACCGCCUCGCCCCGAUCGUUGAGAAAGCCGGCCACAAUGAAAUGUGGGGAGUCCCCCUUAAGGAUGCUCAGGAUGCUCCUACUGUCAACAUCAUGAUCAAGUUCUUGCGAGCCAACGAAGGGAAUGUGAAACUUGCAGAGGAACAGCUUGUCAAAGCCCUUGAGUGGCGUAAAAAGAUGAACCCCCUUGCAUUGGCUGAGAGUGCAGCUUUCCCCUCAAGUAAAUUCAAGGGUCUCGGCUACAUCACAACCUAUCGUGAUCCGACCACCGAGACAAAUGUAGUCUUUACCUGGAACAUUUACGGUUCAGUCAAGAAUGUCGACUUGACCUUUGGCAACCUGGAAGAGUUUAUAAAAUGGCGCGUUGCCCUUAUGGAGUUGGCCAUCCGCGAGCUUCGCCUUGAAACAGCUACUUCAGUCAUGGAUUACAACGGCGAAGAUCCUUAUCAAAUGAUCCAAGUUCACGACUAUCAGAACGUUAGUUUCAUUCGUAUGAAUCCAAAUAUCCGGGCGGCGUCUCGUGAAACUAUUGAAGUCUUCAGCACCGCUUAUCCCGAGCUUUUGAAGGAGAAAUACUUCGUCAAUUUGCCAGUUGUGAUGGGAUGGGUCUUUACUGCUCUCAAGGUAUUCCUUAGCAAGAAUACGAUCCGCAAAUUCCAUCCAAUCACCAACGGAGUCAACUUGGCUCGUGAAUUCACCACCUUUGGCGAAGAAAUUCCGAAGACCUACGGUGGAAAAGGUGAUGUUCUGGCGGACUCUGGUUGGACCGUCACGCUCCAGGAUGCUAAAGCCCCUGAAACCAAGCCCGAAGAGAAUGGGAAUGCAUCUCAAGCUCCGGAGGCUGAACCUGCCAGUGGAAACCCUGCCCAGACAGAUGCUACUAACGGACCUGCUAAAGAUGACGCACCAAAGAACGACAAGCCCGCCGUCCCAAUUGACACCAAAACUGACGCCCCAGCCGACGCUCCAGCCAAUACUUUGGCCGAUGCUCCCGCUGAUUCUCGCCCAAAUUAGCCACCUACUCGCUAGACCACCCCCCGUUGAUACAAUAUGGUCUCUUGCCUGGAUUCCAUUACGCGGCGUUAUCCUAGGCGAUAUUACCCUCUCUGGCGUCUUGUUAAUGGCAUGAUUCAAAAAGGUUACGUGCUUUUAAGAUACCUCUUCCCCAUACCCUAAUGUACUCUAACGUUGCGAAGGAGCUAAAGGUAGU